GAAUCUCUUCUCUCUCUCUCUCCAUACACAUAUAUAUACAACGCAAAAUGUUGCAUUGAAGCAGAAGAUAAGGUGCAAUGAAAAUGAAGUCCAUCUUAUAUCCGACCCUGUUGUCAUUGCUGCAUUGGCACGUGGCGGUGGUAUCAGCUGCAAGGCUGAACAUGGCUAGCGAUGAAUCGGCCUUGGUAGCCAUGAGGGAGCAUUUUAACUCCUUCGAUCCCAACAAUGUGCUCGCAAGCAACUGGUCUAGCAGUACCUCUGUUUGCAACUGGAUUGGCGUCACAUGCGGCUCUUCCCACCGCAGAGUAACUGCCUUGAAUCUCUCAUACAUGGCUCUUGAUGCCACCAUCCCUCCGCAUCUUGGAAACCUGUCAUUCCUUUCUCGCCUGCAUCUACCCAACAAUAGCUUCCAUGGUACUCUACCUGCUGAUCUAGCUGGGUUACGUAGACUGAGGAUCAUCAACCUCAGAUUCAACAAAUUCACAGGAAGCAUCCCGUCCUGGUUUGAAACUCUACCCAAACUAGAAUACCUGUUACUGAGAGGGAACAGUUUCUCUGGCACAGUCCCACACUUUCUGUUCAACAUGACUUCCCUGCAAUAUCUUGAGCUAUCCCUUCAGCUAUCAUCAACAGUUCGUUACUGCAGGUUAUUGAACUCAACUACAACAACCUAUCCGGACAACUGCCGGAGCGCAUCUUCCACCAUCUUCCAAACUUGAAAGGGCUUUACGUGACUAGUAAUUCCUUAUCCGGCGAACUUCCACGCAGUUUGUUCGACUGCAAGCAACUGCAAUUUUUAUCCUUAU